GCCACGCCACAGCCACAGCCGCAGCCGCCGCCGUCCACAAUUGGCAGCGCAACGCCCACAUCGACGGCUGCAACACCAGCGUCUGGCCUAGUGCCAGGUCUGAUUUCACUUCUGCCCGGUGCGUUAUCGUUGAAAUCCACGGCGGGCACGGGCGCUGUUUGUCCGACGAGCACGUGCACCAGUGGUGGUGGCGGGCGGUCGAACGGCGCCCAGGCGGCUCUCGGUAGGGGACUAAAUGGCAGCUUGAGGGGCACACCCACGCAGACGCAGAAAACGGGUUUGUACGCGGGCGGGACGGCCGUGAGCACGAGCGCCACCAGCUCGAGCAGCAAUGCCGUUGGAGCGAAUCGUGUGCCGUACGGACGACCUCCAGUGCAACUUUUGGCGCAACAACCUCAUUUUGGAAGCGGUGCGGUCGCGAGCGUGCCCUCUGGCACCCAGCCAACAAUUUCGCCUGUCGCAUUCAACAACGCACCGGCGCCGAACACGUCAACGUCGAAUUACUAG